AGCACUCUUCACAUCAAUUUAUCCAUUCAAUCUUUACCUUCUUUAGCUAUAUCCUUGUAAAAAAAAUACAAUUUGCUGAGGGUCUCGUCAUCACUUUUGCACACAAAAAUUAAUAUAAUCUCAAUCUAAACUAUAUUAUUUUUCUCUUGGGAAAGUUGUCAACAUCUCUUAUUCAAUCAACAGUAGUGGAAUAUUUUUGCUUUCACACGAAGAUCUGAACUUCCACUACUUAAGGCAAAGAAACAUGGAGUUUCUUACUGAACUGUCAAAAGAAGCUAUCUCAAAUCUUGGAGAAUUGGCACUGAAGUAUACGGUGAAGCAGUUUGCAUAUGCGAUCCACCACAAAAAAAUCAUUGCCAACUUGAAGGAAGAACACAGUAAGUUGGAGGGUGUUAAAGAAGCACGACAAGGAUGGGUGGACACAAAAAGAAUGAAUAGAGAAGGAUUUGAUCGAAACAUACAACAGUGGCUCGACGACAUGGCAGAUUUUGAAAACAAAGAAUUUCAGCUCAUAUCCUACCAUAAAGAUCCACCACCUGUUGGAUCUACCUUCACUGAAGAUAUUAAGAGCUUGGAGUCUAGGCGAACUAUUAUAAAAGACGUCAUUGAGAAACUGAAGGAUGAUAAGUUCAAAAGAAUAAGCAUAUGUGGAAUGGGUGGAGUGGGGAAAAGCACACUGGUGAAAGAACUCAUCAAAUUUGUAGAAAACAAGUUAUUUGAUAAAGUUGUGAUGGCAGUGGUAUCCCAAAAUCCUGAUUACAAGAAUAUCCAAAGUCAGAUUGCUGAUUGUUUAGGCUUGAGUUUGAAAAGUGAAGAUGUAGCAGGAAGAGGCAGAGAAAUAAAUCAGAGAAUGAAGGAAAUUGAUGAUGAAAAGACUAAACUCCUAGUUGUGCUCGAUGAUGUGUGGAGUGAGCUUAAUUUUGAUUGGGUGGGACUUCCAUCUCGAGAUAAUCAAAAAUGUAGUAAAAUAUUAUUCACAUCACGACAUGAAAAAGAGUGUCAAAAGAUGGGAAGCCAAGCGAGUUUUCAUGUUUCUGUUUUGCUCGAGGAUGAAGCCUGGUAUCUAUUUCAAGCAAUUACAGGUGAUGUUGUAUAUGAACCUGCCAUUUAUCCAAUAGCGAAACAAGUAUCAAGGGAAUGUGGAGGCUUACCUCUUGCAGUUGUAAUUGUUGGAAAAGCGCUCGAGAAUGAAAAAAAGCUUACUACAUGGGAGGUUGCAUUUGAGCAAUUGAAAAAUUCUCAGUCAUCUACUUUCUCAGAUGUGCACAAAUUUGUCUACUCACGCAUUGAGCUUAGUUUAAAAUUUUUGGGUAGCAGCACAGAACACAAGAUGCUCCUUAUGCUUUGUGCCUUGUUUCCUGAAGACUUUGAUAUACUUAUUGAAAGUUUAUUACGUCAUGCAAUGGGCUUGGGAUUGUUCAAAGUUGUUGGUGAGACAUGGAAAGCAAGAAAUCGAGUGUAUAGUUUGGUGGACGAUCUGAAGAGAUGCUGCUUGUUGUUGGAUAGCAAUGUGCCAGGGUGUGUGAAGAUGCACGAUAUUGUACGUGAUGUUGUCAUCUUAGUUACAUUUAAAACAGAUCACCGGUUUAUGGUGGAAUAUGACAUUAAAAGGCUCAAAAAAGAGAGAUUGAAUGACAUCAGUGCAAUAUCACUUAUCUUGGAUGAGACAAGAUGGCUAGAAGACAACUUAGAGUUUCCUUCACUUCAACUUCUACAAGUGCAAUCAAAUGAAGAGGAGUUGCCUGAACAUUUCUUUCGAGGGAUGAAAUCACUCAAAGUUUUGUCUCUUCAAAAAUUGUAUAUUCCAAAAAUUCCAUCUCUAUUUGAAGCUUCAACUUGCCUUCAUACAUUGCAAGUAGAAUAUUGCAAUGUUGGAGAUAUAUCUAUAAUUGGUAAGGAACUUUUACACCUGGAAGUUCUAAGUUUUGCACACUCUAAUAUUAAAGAACUCCCUGUUGAAAUAGGCAACCUAAAUGUUCUAAGAUUAUUGGAUUUGACAAAUUGCAAUGAUCUUAAUGCCAUUUCUGAUAAUGUCUUUAUAAGAUUGUCUCAAUUGGAAGAACUUUAUUUUUGGGUGGACAAUUUUCCUUGGAAAAGCAAUGAUGUUGCGAUCAAUGAGUUGACAAAGAUAUCUCAUCAACUAAAGGUUGUUGAGAUGAAAGUUAGAAUGACUGAAAUUUUUGUCAAGGAUUUGGACUUCAACAACAUACAAAAGUUUUCGAUUUAUGUGGGACCUGAUACUUAUUUGCAACGCUCUUCAUAUUUAGAGUCAAAAAUAUUGCAAAUUAGUGCUAUAGAUUAUCAAUCUAUUAAGAGUAUAUUGAUGAUCUCACAACUGAUUAAGAAAUGUCAAAUCCUCAUAAUAGAAAGGGUGGAAAACUUGAAAAAUAUUGUGAGCCAAUUGUUAAGUGAUUGCCCAUACUUGAAAGAUUUAAGGGUAUAUUUAUGUCCUCAAUUGGAGUAUCUGAUAGAUGGUACUGUUCAUUGCAAUCAUUUUGCACAAAUCUAUUCAUUGUCUUUGGAAUAUCUUCCAAAUUUGAAAGAGAUGUGCUAUACACCAGAUCACCAUGAAGUCAAGGGAAUGAUGUUCUCAUAUUUGGUGAAAUUUGAAUUAAAAAAUCUCCCAAGGUUUAUUGGCUUAAACAAUGCUACAAAUUUGAAUGAGCUCAAUCAAGAAUUGAGUGUUGCCACUGAAAUAACUGAUUCUUCGAACACAGUGAAUGGCGAAAAAGCAUCAAAUGCCAAAUUAUUUUCAUCUAAUUGGAUGAAACAAUUUCCAAAAUUGGAAACAAUAUUGUUAGAAUGUUGCAGUUCUUUGGAGGUGGUGUUUGACUUGGAUGGAUAUUUGAAAUCUGGUUGGCAAGCACAAGAUUUGUUGUUUCCUCAGCUAACAAAAAUUGAGAUAUCAGAUCUCAAAAAUCUUUCAUAUGUGUGGGGUAUUGCUCCACAUUGUGUCAAAGGCUUCCAAAAUUUGAGAUUUCUAACAAUAUCAAACUGUGCCUCUUUAAAAUAUGUAUUCACUUCUGCCAUUGUAAGUUCAAUCACAAAUCUCGAGAAAUUACAAGUUCGGUCUUGUGAUUUGAUGGAAAGGAUAGUGGUUUGGAGUAGAGAUGAGGAAGAUGAUAAUAAAGGACAUGAUGCGACAACUAUUAGUUUCAAUAAACUACAUACAUUAUCACUUUCAUGGCUUCCAAAGCUAGUGAGUAUUUGUUCUGAUCCACUUUGGUUAGAAUGUCCAUCCUUGAUGAAUUUUGAUAUUCUUGAUUGUCCUAUGUUGGAGAUAUAUGUCAUACCAACCCAUAAUGAUGCAAAACAUGAAAACUUCAAUACCAUGAAUUCUACAAACACAAAAGAUGUUGGUUUUCAAAGUUCCAAAGGAAACAACUCAAGGUCUUCUGGUUGGUAUUCUGCUGGAUGUAUACCCAAAUUUAUUCAUCAAGGAAACUCAAAUAAGAGAAAUAAUAAGGAAGCAUCGGUAACACGAGUGAUUCAAGAUCACAUACCCUCUGUUUUUGAAAUGAACAGGAAGGGAAAAAGUCACAUGCCAAGUCUAGAAGAUCUGUGCAUAGUAAAAUGUGACUUGUUGGAUGCAUUACUUUUUCUUGAUGAAGAAUGCAAUUCCACCAUUCUAUCACACAUGAAAACCAUCACAAUCGAUAACUGUGACAAGUUAACGACCAUAAUAGCUAAAAGAGGAAAGAGAGAAGGCAUGAUAAACUCUUGCAGUCUACUAGAAUCUCUUAUAUUAACAGAUUUACCAAAUCUUGUGAGGUUUUGCUAUUUUGAAACAUAUGAAUCUUUGGAUAAACCACAAUACAUGGAUGAAUCUAUUGGAGAUCACAAAAGCAUAAGACGUCACUCACUCAUAGACGAGUCCUUCUUUCCAAACUUAACUUCUUUGAUUAUACUAGCAUGCAACAAAAUCAAUAUAUUGUUCUCUCAUUCAUCCAUUAGCAGUCUUGAACAUCUCCAGAUGCUAGUAGUAAGAAAUUGUGAAAACAUGGAAGAAAUAAUAUCUCAUCAAGAAGAAAUAGAAGCAAGUGCAAAUAAGAUUAGCAUACCUGCAUUACAACAUCUUCAUCUAGUGGAUCUACCUAAUCUUAAGGACUUCUUCAAAGGUCACUCUAAUCUUGAUUUUCCAUCACUUCAAGAAGUGAAUAUUGGAAACUGUCCCAAUAUGGAAUUGUUUUCAAGAGGAUCUUCUAAUACACCUAAUCUUGAACAUCUCACCAUAGAGAUUAAUUCUCUCAACUACUAUUGUGCACAGAAGAAAGACAUCAACAUUGUUAUACAAGGAUUUAAAGCAUUUGUAGCAUCACAAGGAUUCAAGAUGUUGAACUGGACCAAACUACAUAAUGAUAGAUACUUCUUCAGAAACUCUGAAAUAGAUAUCAAUGAAUUUCAUAAAUUGUUGAUGCUUGUGCCGUACAAUGAGAUACAUAUGUUUCAACAUGUGAAAAAACUUACUUUAAGUAAUUGUGAUUCACUAGUUGAGGUGUUUGGAUCAGGAGGAGAAGAUACAAAAGAAGGUGAUGACACCACACAUUAUCAACUGCAGGAGAUGACAUUACAAUAUUUGCCAAAAUUGAGUCACAUAUGGAAACACAAUAUUACAAAGGUUGUAAGCUUCCAGAAUCUAAAAGAUAUUAUAGUUUCAGAUUGCCACAAUUUGAAGAGUUUGCUCUCUCAUUCCAUGGCCAAAAGUCUUUUGCAACUUCAAAAAUUAGUAGUUGAGGAAUGUGAAAUGAUGGAAGAGAUAAUAACAAAGGGAGAUGAAUAUAUAAAAGAAGGCAAAAAAGUCAAAACUUUAUUUCCUAAGCUGGAGAAAUUGAAACUUCAUCAUCUUCCAAAGCUGGAAUGUGUUUGUUUAGGAGAUUAUGACUAUGAUAUCCCUUUAUUCACUGUUGAAGAGGAUCAUGUUCAAAUUUCUUUUCCAGAAUUAAAGAAAUUAGAGUUUCGUGACGUACCAAAGCUCAAGUGUUUUUGUUCAGGAGUGUACAACUAUGAUAUCAGGCUCUUAUCAAUUGAAGAAUGUCCAAAUAUGAGAACCUUUCCCUAUGGAAAUGUUAUCAUAAACACACCCAACCUUCAUAAAAUAAAUUGGGAUUGGGUAGAUACACCCACACUUGGAGAUCUUAAUUUGACAAUAUAUUAUCGUCAUAAUUCCGAGAAAUACAAGGUGGAGUUGCAAAAAAUAGAGACAUUUAGAGAUGUCGAUAAAGAGCUUCUUGGCUACAUCAAAAGAGAAGCAAGGCUUGACAUUGUAAACUGUCACAAGCUUAAUUGCAUUCCAUCCAACAUGAUGGAUUUAUUCUCACAUGUGAAGGAUCUCAGAGUCGAAGAAUGUAAUUGCAUAGAAGAGAUAUUUGAAUCAAAUCAGAGCAUGUUGCUGCAUAACUUAUAUUUGUCUUCCCUUCCAAAACUGAAGCACCUUUGGAAAAAUCAUGGUCACAUUUUAGGAUUCAAGUGUUUACGUGGGAUAAUCAUCAAACAUUGCAAUGAUUUGGUACAUGUGUUUCCAGAUGUUUCCUUGGUUACAAGCCUUCCAAACUUGGACCGUAUUGAUGUGUUUGCUUGCGAGAAGAUGAAAGAGAUCAUUGGGAAUAAUUGUGCACAGCAAAAGGCUAAAAUUAAAUUCCCACAUUUGACAGGAAUUACACUAGAGAAUCUUCCUAGCCUCGAAUGUUUCCAUCAAAGCUCUUUCCCUUGCUAUGUUGAGAUGCCACACUGUAUGUCGAUAAGCAUUACAAACUGCCCAGAGAUGAAGACCUUUUGGCAUGAUGGAAUCUUAUACACACCAAUGCUUCCGUAUUCAUCCGUGGACAGCCAUUUUGAAUAUGAAUGUAAAGAUAUAAAUGAGAUGAUACUACGAGUAAAUGAGGAAUUAUAUCGGUAAAAAGGGAGAUGCUCCUGAAGACAACAUGCCAUCUUUUCUCUAGCUAGCUCAUGAUUGUAUAGACAUACUACAUAACUCAUCAAGAAGCCAUUGAUCCAAAUUGAAUUAUCUCUUCUGCUCAAAUUAGAUAAUGAUGGAAAUUGAAAGUCUUGAAACACAGAGAACUAGCUUUGCACAAAGCAAAAUAACGAUCCUUUCAUUCAUCUACACAAAGGAUGCUUCUAUUUGUUAGAGAAUUUCAAGGAUGGUUUUUAUAGAGAAAUGUUUCUUCGUGCGUCUCGAUAGGGGAAUAAGGCAUGGUUAGGGAGAUUUUAAUAAUUGCAAUAAAAGUGUAACAAUUAGGACAAAUGUGUUAUGGCUACUUUUCUUUUGUUUGAUUAUCAAGGACACAAGACCCUGAAUACAGUUUGAUAUUUUUAUAUUUUAAAUUGUUUGGUAUUAAAACAGUUUGAUUAUUUUUUAGAAAUUUGUAAUAACUUAUGAGGCUGAGUAUUAUCAGUCAUAUAUAUACCAAGGGCUUUAAUUUAUGUAUGUUA